AUUACAUUCAGGGGAGAUGAAAGCUAUUGAUUACAUGGAUUUCUCGUGCUCCUAAUAAACUUUCUGUCGCGCCUUUUGCUGAAUUGAAUUUUAAUAUUCAGAGCAUUUGGAAUGGAGUCAUAUGGAAUCGGAUUACACUAUCCAAGAAGAUAAUCUAGGCGAAGAAAUAAUCAGGUUUAUUUUUUGCGAUGGCGCGAUGGUUUGCGAGACACGUGAUCGGCACUGUCCAAUCAUGGCGCGGCAGCGAUAGCCAUGUCUUCUUUGUUCUGGAUUUAUCAACAUUGCUGACUAAUUAUGCGUUUACAUGUUGUGGAUUUUACUUAAUCGAGUCUUUAAUCGCUAGUGGAUGCUCUUGCUGUGUAAUGUAUUUGAAAAAGAAGACACGUUUACUGGAAUUCCCGCUUAAAACCGGUUUUAAGCCACGCGAGUAGUUGUGUGGGUUAAUCACAUGACUCUCCCUCCCCCCACUUCGAUCCAAUGACUGGGGAAGAAGAAGUCGGACAUGUUUGAGGGAAAUGUGUUGAAUAAAGAAACGUGGCUGAAGACAAGAAGAAAUUCAGGAUUUUUUUUCCAACAAUGAGGAGUUCGACAUGUUUUGUUUUUCUUUUUUCUUUUUAAUUCACUUAAGCUGGAUAGAGGUAUAUGUUAAGAGAUAGAGAUUUAUUUUAUUAAGGAAAAAUCGUUCUUUGUAAAAUUGUAAUAUUUAAGGGUAAUCGUUUAAAUCUGAUUAAUUUAUUAAUAGCAGACGAUUUGGUAAUGUAUUUUUUUCUCCUACAUUGUAUGACAUUGUUUCAAAUCUGUAACCUUGGAAGUGGGGGAUGGGCGGCUGUAUAUUCUUCUAAAAAUGUGCUAAUUUACACCGUUUAAAUUUGAAACUCGUUUAAUUUAUACGUUGUUUUACGUCAUCAAACACGUUUAAGCGUCUAACAUUGUUAAUAUCUCAAAAGAAAUUAAUUUGAUAUGCGCAGCACAUGGCUCUCUAAAACACGUUUUUUAAAGAAACUCGAUAAGUUUAAGUUGUUUUCGUUUAGCUUGUAAAUAUGGCAAAAUCAAGCAUAUUUUAGUUUUUGUUCGUUCAUUUUGGCAGUGGUUUAGAGUUCCACGUUGGCCUUAAUACACUCUUCCUUAUUUCGUGUAUUAGUGUGUAUAUUCUCAUCCUAAUUCGAUCAUUUAAAUGAUUUCUGGUCACAUUUGGUGUCUUUUGUACACAUUUAGCUCUUUAAUCGUGUUUUUACAACUGCAAGUCGUCGUUCGAUGAACCAAAGUUGCUGCGUCAUUUCAUGGCGGACACUCCUUGUAGGCCAUGUUAAAUCGACACAGAGGAUAUCGCAUGUUCACUUUGUCCUUUUGACUUCGUGCUGUUUGACCAUUCAGUAUGUAGUCAGUUUAUGUGUGAUUUAAAAAAAAUAGCUUUUUUUUGGCUUCGGGGUGGUUUUUUUGUUCGGGAGAAAUGUUGGAUGUACCAAUAUCACUACUUUGCCUUUAGUCGUUAAGAGUUUUGGUCUGUUUUUAAAGUGAUUUUUUUUCAGACAGUCGAUGAGGAACAUGCUGUAGAGCGAGCUGAUCUGUACGUGUGUGUGCCGCAUUUGUCUGUUGCGCGUGACUAAUCGAGUGAGCCAAUGGCGUGUUUCCAACCUGCUCUGGAUGAUCGCGCCUUAGUUUUGGAGAACCAAUCAGCGAAGCCUUCUGACGUAACACAGAUCGCUUGAGAAACGCUGAAUUUCUGGGAAUGUUAUCGCAUCCUUAGGCGUUUAAAACUUUUCACGAAAUAGUUUUCUUAAAUAUUGGGUUCAUAACUGUAGCAAUAUUGUUGCAUAGACAAGCGCUUUUUGCGAAAUAAUCUGGUUUAAAUCCUCAAAUCAUGCUCAGGGAAGUGUGUGGGCGUGGCCUGUUUGACUGACAGCGAGAUUAGCCUGUAGAAUACGCGUAGGCGUGUACGUAUGGAGUUACAGCAGCCAAUGGAGCCGUCGAUGGGUUUAUAAAAAGUCGGGCGGAGCCUCAGCGUCGCCAUUUCAUUGUAGCUCUGAGCUGGAGGAUAGAGGAAGUCAGAAAAACAAGGCCGUGAAACUCGGAUAUUCGAGCGAAACCGGUUUAUAAACAGAAUCCGGAUCCAUCCCGAUGGAAACGGCUCUUAGCCCGCCCUUUGACAGCUCUCUGGGCGGGUUCGACGGCAUGCAGGGGCUCACCAUGAUGGAGCAGACCAUCUCUGGACCCGGCAAACGCAUCCGCAAGCCGUCGCUGCUGUACGAAGGGUUUGAGGGACCCGCUCUGCCACACGCAGCUCAAUCUGGACCCCCUCAGCCUUCUGUGCGGGACCCCUCUCGACAAGGCCGAAUGACCAAUCAGCUGCAGUUCCUCCAGAAGGCUUUAGUGAAGACGCUGUGGAGGCAUCACUUCGCCUGGCCUUUCCAUGAGCCUGUAGAUGCUGCCAAACUCAACCUCCCCGAUUAUUAUAACAUCAUUAAGCAGCCUAUGGACAUGGGGACCAUCAAGAGGCGACUGGAGAACAAUUAUUACCGCAGUGCCAGCGAGUGCAUGCAGGAUUUCAACACCAUGUUUACCAACUGCUACAUCUACAACAAGCCUACAGAUGAUAUCGUCCUGAUGGCUCAGUCUCUAGAGAAGGCUUUCCUGCAGAAGGUUGCACAGAUGCCUGAAUUGGAGGAAGAGAUUCCUGCACCUAUCCCCAGGGGAAAACAAAGCAAACCUAAAAAAGGGCAAAAAUUAUUCUCGGGUGGGAUCACAACAGCUCAUCAGGUUCCUGCUAUAUCUUCUCUCUCUCAGCUGGCCUACUCUCCUCCAACUCCAGACACCCCAGACUCAGUGCUUUCUACACCACCGCAGACGCUUAUAACCAAGACCUUUCCUCCUCCUUCUUUACACAGCACGCCUGCGCUUUUGGGCCUCCCGCCUACACAACCCACUGCUAAGAAAAAGGGCGUUAAACGCAAGGCAGACACGACCACCCCCACCACCACAGUCAUGCCCCUCACUUUGGGUGUAGGAGGCAUGGGAAUGGGUAUGGGCAUGGGAAUGAGUAUGGGAAUGGGCAUGGGGAUUGGUAUGGGUCUGGGUGGAGACUCCCCGCUCACCCUCUCCGCUAUGGACAUGGACUCCAAACAGAGCCUGUCUCUCAGCCUGGGCAUGGCUCUGGAGGACAAAGUUCCAGCCAGACGAGGUGGCAGUGGCCGGCCCAUCAAACCACCCCGGAAAGACUUGCCUGACUCUCAGAACCAACACCAGCCAGUGCGGCGAGGAAAGCUGAGCCAGCAGCUCCGAUACUGCAGCACCAUCCUCAAAGAGCUGCUGUCCAAGAAGCAUACAGCCUACGCCUGGCCCUUCUACAAGCCAGUGGACGUGUCUUCACUGGGAAUACACGAUUAUUACGAUAUCAUCAUGUAUCCCAUGGAUCUGAGCACAAUAAAGAGGAAGAUGGAUCAUCGAGAGUACAGGGAUGCAUUGCAGUUUGCUGCCGACGUCAGGCUCAUGUUCUCCAACUGUUACAAGUACAAUCCUCCGGAUCACGAUGUGGUGGCCAUGGCCCGGAGACUACAGGACGUGUUUGAGUUCCGCUUCGCCAAGAUGCCGGACGAGCCCCUGGAGUCUCUCCCACCUGCAUCCCUGGGCGGAGGUCUAGGCGGUGACUCCUCCUCUUCCUCCUCCUCUUCCUCCUCGUCCUCAGAGAGUGACGUGAGCAGCGAGAGUGAGAGUGAGAGCAGCCCGAGCUCUGAUAGUGAGGAAGAGAGAGCGCAUCGCCUGGCCCAGCUUCAGGAACAGGUGUGUACACAGUUGAGGGCGGUUCAUGAGCAGCUGGCGGCGCUGUCUUCCACGCCCAUCAUCAAACCCAAGAAGAAGAAGGAGAAGAAAGACAAAAAGAAGAAGAAGAAACCGGAGAAGCAUAAGCGGAGCAGGAGCGUGAUUGAGGAUGAGGUGGUCAUGCGGCCGGCCAAGAUCCCCAAACUGCCCAAGACACCAAAGAGCAGGAGCAACAGCAAAGCUGCGACGUCAACACAGAGCAAGAAGAGCUCCAACAAGAAGAGUAACAAGAGCAAGUCGUCUAAGAAAGCUCAGCCCACGUUUUUUCCGCCGCCGCUGAGCCACAGUGGCCUCACGCCUCACUACGACUCUGAGGAAGAAGAGGAAACCAGUCCCAUGAGCUACGACGAGAAGCGGCAGCUCAGUCUGGACAUCAACCGCCUGCCGGGGGAGAAACUGGGCCGCGUGGUUCACAUCAUUCAAUCCAGAGAGCCCUCGCUGAGAGACACCAACCCUGAGGAGAUCGAGAUCGACUUCGAGACGCUCAAACCAUCCACACUGAGAGAGCUGGAGCGAUACGUCAUGAUGUGUUUACGCAAGAAACCACGAAAACCUUUCGUGGCAGUAAAAGGCUCUGCAGGUAAAUCUCGUGAGGAGCUGGCUCUGGAGAAGAAGAGAGAGCUGGAGCGGAGACUGCAGGACGUCAGCGGACAACUCAACUCCGUCAAGAAACCGCAGAAAACCAAAGCGGAGAAGCCGUCAGCGGUGGAGCCUCACGCAGUAGCGUCUCGUCUCAGCGCCAGCAGCUCCAGCUCAGACUCUUCAUCGUCAUCCUCCUCUUCCUCAUCCUCUGACACCAGUGAAUCAGACUCAGAUUGAGCAGAUGAUGAUGAUGAUGA